CCAGAGUGCCAAGUUGCCAACUGCCAAUAAGAACUGCCACUGCUGUUAGCCAACUGCCAAGUGCCAGCCAACACCAGCAGCGGUAGCGGCAGUAAUAAUUUCACUUCAGCAGAAAAAGUGAUUUAUUUAACAUUUCAAAAUGAAUUGGAAUGCAUUUAACUUGUAUAAUUACAAAUCCCUGAUCUGUGUUAUUUUCCUGAUAUGCCAUAGUUUUUACAACCCUACCGAUAGCGGCGCUGUGCAAAUUACACAAAGUAAUUUGGAUAUGAUAUUAGCUUCCAAUGAAAUAGUAUUUAUUAAUUUUUAUGCUGAAUGGUGCAAAUUCAGUAAUAUGCUGAUGCCUAUAUUUGACGAGGCUGCUGACGAAGUGACAAAGGCAGGCUAUGACACGGGCAAAGUAGUCAUGGGGAAAGUGGAUUGUGACAAAGAGGGUGCAGUGGCAACCAGGUUCCAUAUCACUAAAUAUCCCACACUGAAAAUGUUCCGGAAUGGAGUAGCAGCUAAGAAAGAAUACAGAGGCCAAAGAUCAGUAGACGCAUUCGCAGAGUUUAUAAAGAAACAACUAACGGACCCGGUGGUUACAUUUGGUGCUUUGAAAGAGUUGCAUAGCCUUAGUGAAGAUAAAAGACACAUUAUUGGCUACAUGGACAGACGUGACCAGCCCGAGUAUGAUACAUUCCGGAAGGUUGCUGCUAAUCUUAAAGAAGAGUGCCAGUUCCAUGUUGGAUUUGGUGAUGCUUCACAGCAAAUGCAUCCUCCAGGUCAGCCAGUAGUAGUGUUUAGAGCAGACCGGAAGACUUCAACGGAUCCGGAUGAAACAUUUACUGGAUCUUUGUUAAGUUUCGAAGAGUUGUACAAGUGGGCUCAGGAGAAAUGUAUCCCAUUGGUCCGAGAGAUCACAUUCGAGAAUGCGGAGGAACUUACUGAGGAAGGAUUGCCUUUCCUGAUCCUGUUCCACCAUCCCAACGAUAAUGAGAGUGUCAAGAAGUACAAGGAAGUCAUUCAGAAUGAAUUAGAAGGGGAGAAACAAAAUGUGAACUUCUUAACGGCCGAUGGUGUACGAUUUGAGCACCCGCUGCAUCACUUGGGCAAGUCCAUCUCAGACCUCCCACUGAUCGCUAUUGACUCCUUCAGACACAUGUACAUGUUCCCCGACUACAAGGAAAUGGAGAAGCCUGGCAGACUAAAGCAGUUCCUUCUGGAUCUCUAUUCAGGAAAAUUGCACAGGGAGUUCCACUACGGUCCCGACCCAGACCAGCCCGUGAUGCAGCUCGAUGUCAAGGUGACCACUCCUCCUGAGUCCACGUUCAAGAAGCUAGCGCCGUCCAAGAACCGGUACACUCUCCUCAGGGACGAAUUAUAAAGUUACUGCACCUAGGUCAUGAAAUUUAGUAUAAGUCACUUACUAAAGAAACCUAAUUGUAUAAAAACCAGUUUUAUCUCGUUUUUUUUUUAUUAAAAUUCUUUUAUUUUUUUUUUCUUUUUUGUUAUACUCUUCAGAAUGAUUACCGUAUUGUUUUCUUUUCUUGGUUGCGAACAAAGCCAGUUGUUUGAUUCGUUUAUAGUCUAUUUAUUGAUGCGUCCUACCAGUUGUCUGCGGUUUAUUCAUGUAGCUCUGUGUCGACAGAUUUACAUGACUAGACAUGCUUCUUGACUCUUUAAAAAUAUUUAUUGAAUGAAUUUAGGCAUUUAAAUCUUUAAGAUAUUCCUUGGAUCCAUAGACUUUCUACUUUUCUCUUUAAUGUAGUUCGUAGUUAUUUUAUAUUUUUAAGUUAUGCCUUUUGGAUGUCCAUUAUCUACUUAACAAGAAGCAAUUAAAAUGCCUGACAAGUUAAACUAAGUUUUUCUUUGUUUUUGUUGGUAUACUAAGGUAUUGCGUGUGUACGUUUGGAGAAUGCUUGUUAGACGUACGUUAAAAGUUAUUUCAAACCAUUUUGUAAAAGAAAACAAUAGUAUAUUGUACGUAGAUAUCUUCCACGCUAAACUUUUUACUUUCCCCUCUUCAUUUUAUAUUAUACAUUUAGAUCUUACACAUGCUCUCAGUGAGAAUAAAAUUUUGUUAAUAUUCAAUUAAUUAAUUUAUUAAAUUUAAUCCCAAUGGCUUGGAAUAUGUAUGAAAACUCAUGUAAAACUUAUAUAUUUAUAGGAUCUUGUGAUUCAUGUAUCUUAUAAGUCUUAUAAUGUAUUAAUGAUAUUAUUAUUUUAUAUCUAAUGGAUUUAGCUACAAAAAUGUUCUUUAGGAUUGAAAAUCGAUUUGUCAAACGUGCCAAUGUCAAGCCAGAAACAUUUCGCGUGAAUGUAGUACCUGUGUACUCGUUUAGGGUCAAAACAGACACCAAUAUGUUACAUUGGCUAUUUCUUGCUUUGAAUCGUAGUGCUUACUAAAAACUUGCAAUAAUCAAAUCCUAAAACGUUAUCAAUGAACUAAAAAAUAUUUCUAUACUUUAAAAAUAUUUGGCAAAUUAAGCUUUAAUGACAAUUAACUAUUGUAUAAGUUAUCUACGUAAAAAUUGGCAACAGCUGAAACCAGCAAUAUGAAACGUCAAACAAAAUACAAAUCUAUUUAUUCCCAAUACGGUCGUAUUUCCUUCAGCAACACAAUAUAGAAUCUAUUCGGUAUUGUGUCUCCUUGAGACGAGAUAAAACAUUCCUCGAUCUAAAACUGAAUAGUCAUUAUUUACUAUAUUGUAUAAUUAUAAUGUGAAAUGGUUGUACAAAUGUAUGUUUUGUGACGUGUGUUGUAAUAAAUUUUUUCGAGCCGA